GGCGAGCGACCUCCGCAGGAGGCAGCCCUUGGGCGAGGCCCGGCUGCAGAUCAAAUGAUACGCCUGCCGCCGCAGUCGCUCUUCGAGACGGUCGGGCAUCCCACCCCCGGGUCGCGGGGGCUUGUCACGUUCUCGACCGACCCGGGCUGGGCCCACGAGGGGCUCUUCUUGUGGCCCGUCCCGCCCGACGCUGACGGCGCUUGGGCCAGUUUCGUCUACACUCCGGGUGGCGACUUCUACGUGGAACAGGAGACCGAAUACAGCAGCUCGGCCUUGCUCGCAGGGCGGAAGGGCUACCCAGCGGGCGUCCCGCAGGUGGUGGCCUUCAGCCGGGCGCUGGAGCCGGACGAGGUGGCGGAGCUCGUCAAGAGGGCGCGAGCCGAGGCCGUCGUGAUGACGGGAAGCGAGGGCCCUGACCCCAGCGUGCCCGACGCGCGGGCCAUGCCCCUCCCCGUCGGCGACGUCGGGGGUUCGGGGGCCGCGCUCGUGCCAGCGUCGGAGCCGGGCGGUGACACCCCCACGCCCCUGCCAGAGGCGGCCGACGGGCAUGGCUGGCUGUGCAGCGACCUGGCCUGCUGGGACGGAGCCUUCGCCUUCGGCACCGAGUUGCGUCCCGGCCAGCCGCCGUGCGUCGGGCUGCGUGGGCGUGGCGAGUACGGCAUCGCCAUCGACCGCAGCGGAGGCCAUCACCCUGUGGAGCUCGUCGAGCUCGGUCGCAUGGCGGAGUGGCGCGAGGCCAAGCUGCCGGGGGCCUCCCGGCUCCGUGGCGGUGGCGAGCGGCUCGAGAAGAGGCUGCUCGACGACGGGCCACCUCGGCCGCCCGCGCCGGUGCCCUCCACGGCCCGAGCCGAGGCGGCCGAGGUCGACGACCUCCGCGCGCGCUGGAUCGACUACGACGACGCGGGGGUCAGAUACAAGGAUGGGAAGAAGGUGCUGCAGGAGGCCACUCAGGAGAGCGCCCAGACUGCCGGGCUCAGAGGGCCCCCGGCGUGCCCCCCCGUCUGCAGGAAGUUCCACAAGCACGACGGGACGCCCGCGGCCUGGUUCGCCGAGUGGGCUCGUGAGGUCGGCAUCUCGCGCAAGGACCGGGCCUGGCAUGAGGUCGAGUGCCUCGUCGAGUGUCUCUGGCUGGCCGGCAGCUACGACCAGCUGAGCGCGGGGGCCGUCGCGGCCCUGGAGGCGGUCGCCCGUCGGCUGCUGCAGCGCGUGGAGGCCUACGCGAAGGGCGCGGACAAUCCCAACUGGAGCGCGGCCAAGCACUUCAGCGCCAUUUCCUCGGCCCUGGACCUCGCCCCCGAGGAGAUGCGCAUGUGCGCCGCGCGCCAGGCGAAGGGCGAGCUGGAGCUGGA